UUGCUGCCCAUAAAAUUUACCUAUAAAUACACAAGAUUACUGCGAUGCUUACAACAACCUAAUCGUUGUAGAAACACUUUCUAGUGAUAAAAGAUGGGAUUUAACAUUUUCUCUCAUGCCUUGCUCGUUAUACUUCUCUCACUGUCAGCCUCUCAUGUUCUUGUCCUAGCGGGGGAUCCCGACAUCAUCUCAGACUUCAUUAUCCCACCAAACUUGAACAACUCGCUCGUGGACGGCACCUUCUUCACCUUCACUGGACUUCGUCCCUUACUCACGUUGCCCCCACCAACAAACUUCACCGUCUCCAAGGUGACAAUGGCAGAAUUCCCCGCCCUAAAUGGCCAGAGUGUCUCUUUUGCCGUCUUAAUGUACCCGCCUGGCAGCGUGAACCCACCGCACACUCACCCUCGGUCUGCGGAGCUCUUAUUCCUUGUUGAGGGUUAUCUCGAAGUCGGAUUCGUUGAUACUACAAAUAAGCUGUACACUCAGAAAAUGCAACCGGGUGAUAUGUUUGUGUUCCCGAAAGGGCUUGUUCACUUUCAGUACUGCACCGGGCCGAAGCCCGCUGUCGCAUUUUCUGCUUUCGGAAGUGCGAGCGCGGGGCUUGUUUCUGUCCCUGGAAGUGUUUUUACGAGUAAUAUUGAUGAUGGAAUCCUUGCCAAGUCCUUCAAAACGGAUGUUGGUACAAUUCAGAAGUUGAAGGAGGGGCUUGCAGCAAACAAGUGCUGAGUGUGGGAUUAUUAGAGUGCAUAAUAUAUAGUACGAGUGUGGACUACACAUAGGAAAUCAUUACCUAUGUUUAAGUUACAAAAAUAAAAUAGCAUUAGUGUGUUAUGAUAACUACAUUUGGACGUGUAUUCAUAAAGUGCAAUUUUUUGGUUGUUACCAGA